AGAUCAGAGCGGGAAAUGGGAGUGCUGGGCCGAUCCCGCCCCCUUGAGCUGCUUGCAAGUGACUGCUUCCGCCUUGGAGAGGCGCGCGCGCGGCAAAGUUUGAACCAGUCUGUGCGGGGAUCAGAGUCGCGUGGCCAGAGCAGUGAGCGCGAGCUUCUUAAGAUGCGUCUCUCGGCUCUCCGGGUCCGCUCCGGGAACCAGCCCUCCUCCUCCUCCGUCGCGCGCAUGGAGCAGCCCUGGAAGGAAACCCGGGCCGCUCUGGGAAGGCUCCGCGAGAGCCUGGGCUGCUCCCGAUGUGGUGCCAUUCUGAAGAGGCCUGUAAACAUAGGAGGCUGUGAACACGUCUUUUGCCUGACAUGUGUGGGCGACUGCAUUGGCACAGCUUGUCCAGUGUGUCACAUGCCAGCCAUGGUACAAGAUGUGAAGGUAAACAGGCAGCUGGACAAUAUCAUCAAACUAUUCAGCAAACUGCAGAAUCUACAGGGCACUGACUUUUCAGAUUCAAGAGAUAAUCUGUCUACUCCAGAAGAGAUGCCUAGUGUGCCAGAAGCAAAGAAGGAGAUCAAAAUGUGGUUCAGUCCUCGUAGUAGGAAGAUGAGAUUUACUUUGGCGAGGAAGCCGCAGAAAUCUGAGACAAUCAUGGAAAAGGCUAGCCAAUCUCAUGCCUUGACUUCCACAUAUGAUUUCAUUUCUUCCCCUCCUUCUCAAGAGACUUCCAAAGCGGUUAAGAAAUGUCAACCAAAAAAGAAGAAGCUGAGGAAAAAGACUUUAAAGGAUGUCAAUCAACAGUGGGGACUGCUUGGAGGAGGAAGGAAGGACUGCUCAAGUGAAACCAGGGAACCCUUAGUGUCAUUUUGCAGUCAAACUAUGGUUAUCCCGAGUCCAGACUCUAAAGGCACAUCUGAGCAAAGGCCUGUAAUGGCUGAGAGUGAGGGUGAACUUGGCACAGGUGGUAGUACAUCUGUGAUAACUACACCAAAGAGGGACAAAAAUAAGUUGUCUGGUAUGGGUGAUUCCACUGAAGAGUUCUUGACUUCAAAGGAGUGUCUCUCUUCUGGAAACAGUGCAACUAAACGUGGCAGACAACUGAUGGCAUCUCCUACUCCUUUACCUAAACGUCACAGAAAAAAGGAGAACAUUUCUGGAAGAUCACCUUCAUUGAAAGAGUUGCCAGGGCCAUCACCCCAAAAUCUCAGGGGUAAAACCUCUCCCACUUUUGAUUCUGUAAGAUCUUCUCAACUGAGUGUCACACCAACAUCGAGAUACUCUGAAGACUUUCAACAUGCAAGUGGUGAAACAUUUCCAGGAACACCAUUGAAGUCUAGUAAUGCUGCUCAAAAAGGGACACAGCAAACAGAGCCUUUAUGUAAGAAAUCUCCUCGUAACUUGUCUUUGAAAAGAAAUCAUAAAGGGGAAACGCUGCUCCACGUCGCUUCCAUUGAGGGGAAUCUUUCUGCUGUUGUGCAUUUACUAAAAAAUGGAGCAGACCCCAAUGUUAAAGACUAUGCUGGAUGGACACCACUGCACGAAGCCUGCAAUCAUGGACAUAAGGACAUAGUGGCAUUAUUGUUGCAGCACGGGGCACUGCUGAAUGCGACCGGUUAUCAGAAUGAUUUGCCACUUCACGAUGCAGUCAAGAAUGGACAUCUGAGCAUUGUUAAACUCUUGCUUUCUCAUGGCGCUUCUCGAGAUGCAGUGAAUAUAUUUGGUCGCAGACCUGUUGAUUAUGCUGAAACAGAAGAAAUGAAGUCGGUUCUAAUGUUGUCAGCAAAGAAUGAAUCUUCAGUUAUUCAAUCUGGAGAGCAAACAAACCGAAAUCAUCCCAGAGAGGGGCCUGUUGUUCUCCUUGGAAGUGGCCUUGAUCCAUCUAAGCAACAAUUGCUGAGCAAAUUAGCACUGGUUCUGAAGGGUAGUGUCUGCAUGGAGUUUAACAGCACAGUGACACAUGUGGUUAUCCCUGAGCAUCUUGUGCGGAGUACUAUGAAGUGUAUGCUGGCAAUUCUGAAUGGAUGCUGGAUCUUGACAUUUAAGUGGGUAGAGGUCUGCCUUCAGACAGGAGCUAGGGAGGAAGAAGAGAAGUAUGAAAUAGACGGAGGCCCACGACAGAGUCGGCUGAACAAAGAGCAGCUGUUGCCAAAAUUGUUUGAUGGCUGCUACUUCUAUUUCCUUGGAGUGUUCAAGGAGCACAACAAAGAUGACCUGAAAGAACUGGUGAAAGCAGGUGGAGGACAGAUUCUCUUGAGGAAACCCAAAUCGGAUAAUGAUGUGACACAGACAAUCAAUACUGUGGCCUAUCAUGCUGAGAUUACUUCUGACCAAAGUUUCUGUACCCAGUAUAUAAUCUAUGAUGGUUCGUCUAACUAUACCCCAGAGAAAAUUCGUCAAGGAAAGGUCUGGGAGGUGCCAUCUAAAUGGCUUGUAGAGUGUGUGAUGUCAUUUCAACUAUUACCUGUUAAGCAAUGAAUUUCCCAGCAUUGUGACACCUGAAUCAUUUGUGUUGCCUGGCUUUUUUAAACAGAAAGUGAAACUUCGCUCUUCAGUUAAAAAAUAACUGCCAAGUCGCAGAUUGGUUUUGUUUAUACGCUGCAAAUUACUGAGUCGGGGUCAAGGGAUAAAUAUAACCAGAAUUUGGUUGUUGUUACUAUUAUCUCCAAGUGUCCAAGCUGGUGGCUUUUUUAAACUUAUGAAUAAUUUGACUUAUGACAGUUAUUUCUAUAUUCUAUUUGUGUUUUUGCAGGUGUUUUUUUAAAAAAAUCUGCUUUCCUUGAAUGAAUUCAAUUUCAAUUGUGAUCUAGUAGAAAACACUUGUGUUUGUCCAAAGACUUUCCCUGUCCCUCUGAAUCACAAAGUAUUCUGAAAUAAUAGGAAUUUUGAACAGAAUGUGCAUGUUUCUCAGAAAGCAUCUUCCAGUGUCAUUCUGGGUAUUAUAAUCCCUUUAUAUAGGAAGCAAUAAUAUCAACUACCUACGUACUAAAGCGUUUUUUUCUGUUUGAACAUAAUGAAACUGGCACUGUUGUUUUGUUGAGCUUGUAAAUAGCAUUUUUUCUGUGUCUAAUCAUGAUAUCUAUGUUUUCAUAUGUCGUUUUAAAUGUUUCAGAUUAUAAUCAGUGAUAAAUCAUGACUUGAAGCAUUGUA